AUGUUUGACAAAGAAUUCAACGCUGCAGCACUUGCUGCUCAUAACGAUUAUCGAGCUGCACACGGAUGUCCCGAACUGGAACUUGAUGCCAAGCUAGCGGAAGACUCGCAACAAUACGCAGUGAAGUUGGCACGGGAGGGCCAGUUGAAGCAUAGUGAAUGCGGAGAUUACGGUGAGAAUCUUGCUACGGAGGGUUCGAGUGGGAAAGCGGAACUUUCCGAUAUAGACCAUCAGGUGGAUGACCAGAAAGCGUUACUGGAAGCAUUUCGAUGUGAAGUUCUACAUACGCACAAUCGAUACCGCGCCAAGCAUGGACACCCGUGUUUGAAAAGAUCAGUGACACUUGACUCAAUGGCCUUGAGCUGGGCGCGCCAACUGCGAAAGAGCGGGCAACCAGCCUACAGUAACUUGACGUAUGCGAACCAAUUAAUGGGGGAGAAUGUUUCCGAUCGUUGUACAGUGAACGGCAGGUUAUCAGGUCAGACUCUGGUAGAGAAAUGGUACAAAGAGGGUGAAACUUACAACUACCUAAGUGAACCGGAUUCCGUCGAACACGUGGGUCACUUCACGCAGUUGUUGUGGAGAGAGACCAAAGAGCUGGGAAUCGGUUUUGUCCCAUCCGACACUCCUGAUCGAGCCUUCAUAGUGUGUUUUUAUCACCCGCCGGGUAAUGUAAAAGGCCAAUUCCUCGUCAACAUCUCACCUCCGAUUGUGUGGGAGUAGUUCUCUGCGGCUUAAUCGUACCCCAUAUGUGCUUCUGCAUUAGAUGCAAAUACAAUUCUUGGUUUUGUGUCAAA